GCUGAGGGUGUCACGCAGGAGAAAAUGAAGCCUCCUGACGCACAGCCCAGCUCCAGCAUAGGGAUGGUUCCUGCGCCCGGGGCGGGAGCAGAGAGCACAGAUCACAGCACAGAAGGGCGGCUGUUUAUGGAGCAGGUCACGAUACUGAGCAACACGGGUGCUGCCGUAUGGACGCGGCUGACUCGAGCAGGGCUGCUGGUGACCUGUAACUACUGGCCAGGAGUACACCCCGGGGAUUUCCCAUGCAAAUCAGCUGCAUUGGGAACAUCAGCACACGCCGCACCAGCAGCCGCUGCUCCCCCAGCACAGCGUGAUGGCAGCAGCCCUGGCUGGAGGCUGCUUUAGAGGAACGAGGGAAGAGCCAUCAAAAUGAAGCCACUUUGCAGCCUGCUACACUGCUGAGGAGUGGGGCAGAAAGCCAGCCAGAGCCCCGCGGCCGCUAUCAGCGGCUGCAGAACAGGAAAGCGUUGUCCCUGCUCGGCCUGCCUCAGCACAACCGCAGUCACCCCUGCGAGGAAAGGGGCCUGGGAGAUAAGCGUCAGGAGCCAGGGAACGCUCUUCAUCCCGCCUGCUUCCCAGGGACGUUCAGACCUUACCGCACCGCCUCCCGCCUCAGCCAACCCGGAGCGCCCCGGUUAUCCGGGGGUGAUGGCCAGAGCUCCAUCGGGCUGCCACCCCCAGGGCCUUCCUCCCGGGGCGGCCGCAGGCUGGCAGCCGGUGGGAGCAGGGUGCUUCCAGGCGGCUCUGCACCCGCAGAUAGACGCUGCCCUCCGGAAAGGGGACGUCAAGGCGAGAGGGAGAGCUGAGAAGUCACAGCGGGGACAGGCGCGCUCCUUGCGGAGUCCUCCUGCACGGCGAAGCCCGGCGACGAGCCUCCCCAGUUUCCAAAGCCGGAGGGAGGGCGCCUUCGGCGAGCGUCCCACAAAACGGACGCCCUCGCUCCUAGGCUGGGGGCAGCCGGUGCUGGGGGUGUGUGCCCCCCCCCCCCCGCCCAACACACGCACCGGGGCAGGCUCCAGGCUCCGGUCCCAGCGGGAGCCUGAGAGGCCCCGGGCGCUCGGCGAGAGCGCAGAGGCGAGCCCGGGCUACCGCUCCCGCUCCUCGUCUCCAUGGCGACCCCGGAAGCGGCCGCCAUGGGGCGGGCGGGCGGAAGCGGAAGCGGGCGGCGAUGGUGAGGAUGGUGACGCUGGGGAUGAAGAUGAUGGCGGCGGCGCUGGCGCUGCUGCUGCUGGCGGUGGGGCCCGGGCGGGCGCGGCGGGACGCGCUGCGGGAGGAGCUGCUGCUGAGCCCGCUGCCCGCCGGCGACGUGGCCGCCACCUUCCAGUUCCGCACGCGGUGGGACGCCGACCUGCCGCGGGGCGCGGUGUUGACAAAGCCUGGAAGGAACUGAGUAACAUCCUCUCAGGAAUAUUCUGUGCUUCUCUUAACUUCAUUGACUCAACCAACACAGUCACUCCAACGGCAUCCUUCAAACCCCUGGGCUUAGCCAACGGGACAGAUCACCAUCUCCUGCGAUAUGCCGUCCUGCCCCGGGAGGUCGUUUGCACAGAGAACCUCACGCCUUGGAAGAAGCUGCUCCCAUGUGGUUCCAAGGCUGGGCUUGCUGUGCUGCUGAAGGCCGAGCGCUUGUUCCACAGCAGCUACCACUCGCAGGCAGUGCACAUCCGCCCCGUCUGCAGGGAUUCCUCCUGCCUGGCAGUGUCCUGGGAGCUCAGACAGACCCUCACUGUGGUCUUUGACACCUUUUCCAGUGGCCAAGGAAAGAAAGACUGGUCCCUCUUUAAGAUGUUCUCUCGCACACUUACUGACGCGUGUCCUCUGGCAUCACAGAGCAAAGUCUACGUUGACAUCUCCCCUAAGAACAAGGAAAAGGAGUUACUGGAAGUGACCCCUGCUCCAACAUCUGUACAUGAAGCUAUCGUCCAGGGAGAAAAGAGAACCUAUGCUGUCUAUGACCUGCUGAGCCCUUCGCUCUUCAAUACAUCUCGCAGCCUCAAUGUGCAGCUGAAGUGGAAGCGGCCCCAAGACAGCUCAGAACUGCCGACACCUGUGCUCCAUGCUCAACGCUACGUGAGUGGAUACGGGCUGCAGACUGGAGAGAUCAGCACUCUCAUCCACAACACUCACCCGUACCGGGCCUUCCCCGUCAUCCUGCUGGAGACUGUGCCGUGGUAUCUCCGGCUCUAUGUGCACACUCUGACUAUCAUCACGAAGGGGAAGGAAAACAAGCCAAGUUAUAUCCACUACCAGCCAGCCCAGGACCGCAGACGGCCUCACCUCCUGGAAAUGCUGAUCCAGCUGCCAGCCAACUCCAUCACCAAGAUCACAAUCCAGUUUGAGAGGGCCCUACUGAAGUGGACAGAGUACCCGCCUGACCCCAAUCAUGGCUUUUAUGUUGGUUCAUCUGUGCUUAGUGCCCUGGUGCCCAGCAUCAUUGCGAUGAAGGACGUGGAUGUGGAGCAGAGCCCGCUCUUCACCUCGCUGUUUCCUUCCUCUGAUGGCUCCAGCUAUUUUGUGCGCCUCUACACAGAGCCACUGCUGGUGAACUUGCCGACACCAGACUUCAGCAUGCCCUAUAACGUCAUCUGCCUGACCUGCACCGUGGUGGCAGUGUGCUACGGCUCCUUCUACAACCUGCUGACCAGAACAUUUCACGUGGAAGAGCCGAGCCGGGGUGGGCUGGCCAAGCGGCUGGCCAACAUCAUCCGAAAAUUCAGGGGGGUGCCCCUGCUCUGAGAGAAACCAGGGCAGCUGGUGCUGGCCGCAGGGCUCCGUGGGGAGACCCAGGGAGCAGAGCGCUGCUGCCUCUUGUCUUUGCUGGAAGCAGCCUGCUCUGUUUUGCUGCAUGGAUCUCUCUUCAGGGUCCAACAAACUGAGAGAUUGCUUCCAUCAUUAAAAUGGGAAAUGUCUCUAAGCCCAAUGACUGCUGAACUGCACUGCUACGGGACUGGGAAAAGUCUAAGACUUGUGUUUGGGAGUGGGGUAACUUAUAUACUGGGAAUGAUGCUGGAAGUAAACUUGAGCUAUUUUGUA